AUGUAUGACCAAGACCCAAUACCGAGUGACUUAGACCGAGAAGCUGAGGAAGGCGUAGAGCCGAGAGAUGACGUGACGCCAAGGGCUAGUACGAGCCGCGAUGUGAGAAACCGAGGUGGACCUGACCGAGAGGAGCCGGAUCUUUUGAUGCCAAACCAAGUUGUACCAGACCCUGUGGAGUCAAACCAGAUCGUGCUGAGGCGCGAUAGUCCUAUUCGAGCUGUACCACUUCAAGUGGUGUUUACUGAUCAAGAGCGGGAACCAAGAGACCCAUUUUGGGAAAGAAGUGAUAGGAUGGCCGCCCUAAGGAGAACAAACCGAGAACGUAUAAGGUUCGAGGAAGGAGAAAGUAGUACUAAGAGACCGAGGGUUUCGUACCAGGAAUUUCAAGCGAGGAAACAGCCUGUGACCACACAGCCGAGAGGGCGAUUGAGGACAAGAGCCACUGCUAGGAAGAGAGUAGUGUACCCCCAACAAGUUGUCAGGAGGAAUUCGGCUUAUUGCGACCUGUGUGAGGGAAUUGGACAUUGGACCAGGCACUGUUGGAGACCAGAGCUGAGGCGGAUGUGUGAUCCGACGAAUGUGGAGUGCGAGUGGUGCGGAAUGCGAGGGCACUUUGCCUAUCGCUGCCCAAACCCAGACCUUAUGAGAUACACAAGGCCGUGUGAGGUUUGUGGGAUGCCGGGACAUUUGAAUGGCCAUUGUUGGAGGACGAGACCACGACAUUUACCGAUCCCCGAGCAUGUUGUGUGUACCGAGUGUGGGACGGAAGGACACUUCGCUGAUAGCUGUCCGGACCGAGUUGUGCANCCUAUCGCUGCCCAAACCCAGACCUUAUGA